AUGUGGGGCACGGCGGAGAAUAUGUCGGCGCGUUCGGAGUCGUUCAGGGAGGAUGGGGAUGACGAGGAGGCGCUGCGGUGGGCGGCGCUGGAGCGGCUGCCGACUUACCGACGCGUGAGGCGGGGAAUAUUUCGCAACAUGGUCGGCGAGUCCAAGGAGGUCGACGUCCAUAAGCUGCAAGCACAGGAGCAGAAAAUCGUUCUGGAUCGGCUCAUUAACUCGGUCGAUGACGACUGGGAGAAAUUCUUCUCCCGCGUGAGGCGUCGAUUUGAGCGAGUUGAUCUGGGUUUCCCAGCUGUUGAAGUCAGAUUUCACAAUUUAACUGUUGAAUCGUCUGUUCACAUUGGUAGUAGAGCUUUGCCUACGAUUUCAAACUUUAUCAUCAACAUGGCUGAGGCUUUAUUCAGGCAGCUAAGGAUACACUCUGGAAAUAGAAGAAAGCUGACAAUUUUAGAUGAUAUAAGUGGGAUAAUCCGACCAGGAAGGUUAACUUUAUUAUUAGGUCCUCCAAGCUCUGGAAAAACAACACUGCUUUUAGCACUUGCAGGGCGCCUCAAAUCUGAUCUUAAGGUGUCAGGUAAAAUAACCUAUAAUGGACAUGGUCUGACCGAGUUUGUACCACAGAGGACAUCUUCUUAUGUUACUCAGGAAGAUUGGCAUGUAGCUGAGAUGACUGUUAGAGAGACACUGGACUUCUCAGCACGUUGUCAAGGCGUUGGUUAUAAGUAUGAUAUGCUUCUGGAACUUUCUAGAAGAGAGAAGAUUUCUGGAAUGAAACCUGAUGAAGAUCUUGAUAUAUUUAUGAAGGCAUUGUCCUUAGAAGGGAAGGAGACAGGCCUCUUGGUGGAAUACAUUAUGAAGAUUUUAGGUUUGGACCUUUGUGCGGAUACUCUUGUUGGAGAUGAAAUGAUCAAAGGGAUCUCUGGUGGUCAAAAGAAGCGUCUGACAACAGGCGAAAUAUUAGUGGCUCCAUCAAGAGUGUUAUUCAUGGAUGAAAUAUCAACUGGUCUUGAUAGCUCAACAACAUACCAUAUUGUAAAGUAUCUUAGGCAUUCCACACGUGAACUAGAUGGAAGCACUGUCAUUUCUCUGCUUCAGCCAGCACCUGAGACUUACGAGUUAUUUGAUGACAUUAUCCUUUUGUCUGAGGGAAAAAUUGUAUACCAGGGACCUCGUACAGCUGUCCCUGAAUUCUUUGCUCAUAUGGGCUUCCGUUGCCCAGAACGGAAAAAUGUUGCAGACUUCCUUCAAGAAGUUGUGUCGAAAAAAGAUCAAGAACAGUAUUGGGCUUUACCUUAUCAGCCUUAUCGAUACAUACCGGUCGCAAAGUUUGCUGAAGCUUUUGGAUCAUACAACAUUGGGAAGAAUUUAUCUGAAGAGCUGGCUAAUCCAUAUGAUAAGCGCUACAACCAUCCUGCAGCCUUGUCAUCUUCACAAUAUGGGGUCAAGAAGAUUUUACUUCUUAAAACCAACUUUCACUGGCAGUUGCUGCUUAUGAAACGGAAUUUGUUUAUCUAUGUUUUUAAAUUUGUUCAGCUUCUUCUGGUUGCGCUGAUCACCAUGAGUGUGUUUUGCCGGGCUACUCUGGGUCAUAAUACAAUUGAUGAUGGAGGUUUUUAUCUGGGAGAGUUGUACUUCUCAAUGGUGAUUAUUCUUUUCAAUGGCUUCACUGAGGUUUCCAUGCUCGUGGCGAAGCUUCCUGUACUUUACAAACACAGGGAUUUGAAGUUGUACCCUAGUUGGGCAUAUACUAUACCUUCAUGGUUUUUGAGCAUUCCAACAUCAUUGAUAGAGUCUGGUUUUUGGGUGGCAGUAACAUAUUAUGUGGUUGGAUUUGAUCCAAAUAUCUUCAGAUUUCUUCGGCAACUUGUGCUUUACUUCUUUCUUCAUCAAAUGUCUCUAUCCCUUUUCCGUCUUAUGGGUUCCUUGGGUCGUAACAUGAUCGUGGCAAAUACGUUUGGAUCAUUUGCUAUGUUGAUAGUCAUGGCUCUUGGAGGAUACAUCAUUUCGAGAGACAGGAUUCCUAGUUGGUGGAUGUGGGGAUUUUGGGUUUCUCCACUAAUGUAUGCUCAGGAUGCAGCUUCUGUGAAUGAAUUCCUUGGGCAUUCCUGGGACAAGAGAAGUGGCAUCAACUCAACUUUGUCAUUAGGAAAAGCGUUGCUAAACAGUCGCAGUUUGUUCACCGAAAGUUACUGGUACUGGAUUGGCAUUGGUGCUUUGAUUGGUUACACCAUCUUGUUCAAUAUCCUUUUCACCUUGAGUCUCUCGAAGCUGAACCCUCUUGGGAAGCGCCAAGCAGUUGUUUCUAAAGAAGAGCUUCAAGAAAAGGAGAAGAUGCAGAAAGGAGAAACAGCUGUAAUCCAGCUAAGGGACUUUUUACAGCACUCGGGUUCAUUUGCAAAAAAGAGUUUUAAACAAAAAGGCAUGGCACUCCCUUUUCAGCCACUCUCGAUGUCAUUUAGCAAUGUCUGUUACUAUGUAGAUGUGCCCCUGGAGCUGAGACAGCAAGGCAUAUCAGAGGAAAAACUGCAGUUGUUGAAUAACAUUACAGGAGCAUUUAGGCCUGGCGUGCUCACUGCAUUGGUUGGAGUGAGUGGUGCUGGGAAAACCACCCUCAUGGAUGUAUUAGCUGGUAGAAAGACUGGUGGACUCAUACAAGGAGACAUCAAAAUAUCUGGUUAUCCUAAAAAACAAGAGACUUUUGCCAGAAUAUCAGGAUACUGCGAACAAAAUGAUAUUCAUUCCCCAUGCUUGACGCUUCAUGAAUCACUUCUCUUCUCUGCUUGGCUGCGCCUAUCGUCCGAUAUUGACUUGGAAACCCAAAAGGCUUUUGUUGAUGAGGUCAUGGAACUUGUGGAGCUCAUUCCUUUGAAAGGAGCAUUGGUUGGUCUGCCAGGAGUUGAUGGAUUAUCAACAGAGCAAAGAAAACGCCUAACUAUUGCUGUAGAACUCGUGGCCAACCCUUCCAUAGUAUUUAUGGAUGAGCCCACAUCAGGGUUGGAUGCUAGAUCUGCGGCCAUCGUCAUGAGGACUGUGAGGAAUAUAGUGAAUACUGGAAGGACAAUUGUUUGCACCAUUCAUCAACCUAGCAUCGACAUCUUUGAAUCUUUUGACGAGCUUUUAUUAAUGAAACGAGGAGGGGAGCUCAUUUAUGCUGGUCCACUUGGAACCAAAUCUAGCAAACUGAUAGAGUAUUUCGAGGGAAUUGAAGGAGUACCAAAGAUCAAGCCUGGGUAUAAUCCUGCUACAUGGAUGUUAGAGAUUACAUCAUCAGCAGAGGAGCACCGCCUGAAUUUGGUUGAGAGAUUAAGCAAACCGACCGCUGAUUCAAAGGAUAUUAAGUUUCCUACAAAGUAUACUCGGUCAUACUUCGAACAAUUUGUGGCUUGUCUUUGGAAACAGAACUUAUCUUACUGGCGAAAUCCACAAUACACUGCAGUUCGGUUCUUCUAUACAGUAAUAAUAUCACUGAUGCUUGGAACAAUAUGCUGGGAAUUUGGUUCCAAAAGGGAGACUCAGCAAGACAUUUUCAAUGCUAUGGGAUCAAUGUACGUAGCAGUGCUGUUCAUUGGAGUUACAAAUGGUACUGCUGUUCAACCAGUUGUUUCUGUCGAAAGGUUUGUUUCAUACAGAGAAAGAGCAGCCGGAACAUACUCGGCUCUGCCAUUCGCAUUUGCUCAGGUUGCCAUUGAGUUUCCAUAUGUAUUCACACAGGCAAUAAUUUACUCGGCAAUAUUUUACUCGAUGGCCUCCUUUGAGUGGACUGCCUCCAAAUUUUUGUGGUACAUGUUUUUUAUGUACUUCACUAUGCUCUAUUUCACCUUUUACGGGAUGAUGACGACGGCUGUUACACCCAACCAUAAUGUGGCUGCCAUUAUCGGUGCCCCUUUUUACAUGCUUUGGAAUCUCUUUAGCGGAUUCAUGAUACCUCACAAGAGAAUACCGAUAUGGUGGAGAUGGUACUAUUGGGCAAAUCCCGUUGCUUGGAGUCUCUACGGUCUUGUUGCUUCUCAAUAUGCCGACAGUGAAAAACCUGUGAAACUUUCGGAUGGAGUCCACGUGUUGUCUACGAGGCUGUUGGUUAAGAAUGUUUUCGGCUUCAGGCAUGAUUUCAUUGGCAUUGCGGGGUUUAUGACCGUUGGGUUUUGUUUCUUAUUCUCUCUUAUUUUUGCUUUCGCCAUAAAAUCUUUCAACUUCCAGAGGAGAUGA